AUGAGCAAAAAGUUCAAGUCACAGGCCUCAAGCGCUCGUGCUGCUUCUGCUACCUUGGGAUCGUCCUCAUUCAGGUUCGGCACUCCAUCCAGCGGUUUCCAGACGACAUCUUCCUCCUUGUCCUACAUUACUGAGCAUCCUGAUCUCAGUCCUGUUUCUGAUCCCAACGUCGUUGUCUCGCUUCGCAGUCUGGGCAAGAAGGACAGUACCACCAAAGCCAAAGCCUUAGAUGAGUUGCAGGAGUAUGUGACCUCUCUGCCAUCGGCCGAAGCCGUUGAUCCGGGCCUUCUGACAGCAUGGGUCAGUCUGUACCCUCGCACUUCCAUCGAUAAUGCCCGAAGAGUUCGUCAACUCGCACAUACUCUACAAGGAUCUCUCACUGCUUUAUCCGGAAAACGAAUUGCUCCUCACCUUUCCAAAGUAAUCGGACCAUGGCUAUCGGGUGCAUACGACAGCGACAAGUCGGUUGCUAAAGCCGCUCAAGAGUCCAUUUCCAUAUCGUUUGUAGCGGAAGAAAGAAGGAGAGCCUUAUGGAAAGUGUAUAAAGACGCCCUCAUCGAGUAUGCGGAGGAUGCUGUUCUCGUCCAAACAUCCAAAUCUCUGAGCGAUGAACGGUCAACCAGCCCUGACGAUGCAGAGGCCAAGUUGGUUCGGGUCGUGGGAAAUGCAAUGUUCAUGCUCGGCCAGGUCAUCAAAAGCAAUUUCUCCACUAAAGAUGCGGGCGAGAGUCGGGCUGACAUCUCGGAGAGCCUCAGAAGGAUGGUGACGAGCAAGAAGCUUUGGCAAUACGCGUACCACGAAGAUCCGAGUUUGCGAAAGGCAGCAUUCAACCUCGCGACGAUCUGUACAGACACGAUGAGGGCCGAUCUGGAUUGGACGACAAUCAGCGCAUGUUUUAUUGGUAAAGCGUUGCACAGCAGUCAGCUUGGAUCUUCACGUCAACUCUGCGAAGCCAUUCUCGCUCUAACGACAGUGCGGCCUGAAAUCUGGACGUCAGACUAUACAUCAAAGACCCUGGCGUCACAACGACUGUUCCAGUAUGUGAGAAAUGGAUCACAACGGGGGCCAGCAGAAUUCUGGACGAGUUUGGCGCUUCUGAUCAAGAAACUACCGCUCAGGGUUUGGAGGACACACCCUGUGAAAGACAAGGUCAGUCUGCAAGAUACCACAACUCUGAUCGACUCCCUAUUAGCCGGCAUCACCAGCACCGAAGAACCCCGUCAGAAUCUCGAGACGGCCUGGUUGGCUUACGUCGAUGUAUCGUUCUGGGCCCUUGAUAUGUUCUUAGAUGACGACGCCAAGGUGGCAGUAUUGAACCAAAAUUUAGUCCCUGUGGUGGAUCAAUAUAUUACUCCAGACUCCCAGAAGUCGUCAUUCAAAGUCCCAACCUCAUGCGAUACGAAAAUAUCGAGUGCCAUCCUGCUGAACAUCCUUCACCGCGGUUUACACCCCCUUUUUGAGACUACAUGGCUCCGUCUGUGCCAGCAUCUCGCAGAUGAGAUGAGGCUAUCUCUUCCAGAAUCUUCAAAGGAUUUUGAAAAAUCACAAAAUGGUGUUAUUUCCCAGUCCCAACGUCUUUUCCGACUCAAGGCUAUUCUCCUUGGGUCUGAUCUCCGUUCCUCGGAGAGGACCAGUGUGGUUGAAGUGUUUCAGAAAUCUGAUGAGGGUUUGAUGCCCACCGCAACGGAACUCUUGACGAGCCGGAACGGCAAGCCAUAUGGAGCCGCCUCAGUCCUCGAGAGCAUCGUAGCGAACAGUCAUUCACCACUGACUCAGCCGCUCGAGGACUUCUUAAAUUCUGGCGCCCUGGAUUUACUCGACAGUCCAUCCGCAACGUAUCUGAUUUCGAUCAUCCUACGUACCCGUCAACCCCUUGGGAAAUACAUCGCAAAGUUAAUUGCCCCUGGUGAGGCUCCUUAUAGCGUGAACGCUCUCUCACACCUCCUGAGUCAGAUUUCUGAGGAAGACAUAUCGACAAAUAGUGAGCUUCAAUCGUUCCUUUUACACAAAAUCUCUUCAGAACUCGAAGACGCGUCUACCCAGCAUAUGACAAGAUCGGCCUUGCAGAACGCCAAUAUUCAGUCCUCCGAUUUUCAGAAAAGUUGUUGUCAACGGAUCCUUGACCGACUGUCUCCAGAAACGGAUUCGGCAUCACAAGUAACCACUAUUCGGUUCCUCAUCAGCCUCCUUCCUGGUCCGGAAGCCGUCUCUUUACUGCUCUUCAACGGCCUCAGAAGGAACCUUUUAUCGAAGCUUCUUGUUUUAUCUGACUCUGAAGACCCGGAUAUCGCUGAACUCGCCAAUUCAUUGGUAGGGAAGCUCAAAACACUGGCGACAAAAGAUAGUUCCACUGCGACAUCUUCUGCAAACGUCAUCGCAGAUCAACUGUCAGGAAGCGGGACCCCCUUAUCCAUCUUCGUUCUUAUUGAUCUAGCCAAAGACACCCUGCAAAACCUGCCCCACGAUAAGCCUGACGUGGCGACAUUGCUCAUGCCGUCAGCUGCUCAAUGGACUGAGGCUCUGGAAUGUCAUAUUUCCGGUCGACGACCUCUCUCACUUGCCAUCACAAACUCUUUGCAAGGAGUGAUCUUCAUGAUCGACCAGGACCGGAAACGUCCCUCGUCGAGCCAGACGCGGGACGCGGACGAAUUUUCUCUUCUCUUCCGGCUGGUGUUAUACGUGACAAAAAUGCUUCUUGAAUCUGAUAUGACGGACCGGCUAGCCAUCGACCCACUCCGGAUCCUGUAUCAUUACUACCCUCUUGCACUACAACUUGUCAAUGAGAAACUAACCAUGGAGUCCGCGAACGAGAUCUGGCACAAUCCCAGCAGCGAGGUUACAGAGGAAGCUUCCCAUGUUCUGUCGCAAGGUAAUUCUCUGAUUCAGAAGUGGAUCAAAGAUGACAAUCUUGCCAAUAUUUGGAUCGAUUCACUCCGGUCCACGACUGAUUUGACUCCUCGGUCAUAUAUCUACGGCCUGGCAUUUACGGACGUCGCCUCUCGACUUAUCGAUGAGCGUGGACCUGCAUUGAUCUUGUCUUCUUUUGACAACGAGCUAAAACUUGUGCCCAGAGCACCAGAAGUUGUACGCUCCGCAAGUUUGAUUUGCGCUUGUCGUGACGCCCUCAUCGGUUCGCAGCAAGGCCACAGAUUACUCAAUGAAUUGAUCGCCGCCGGGACCGAUUUGAAAGUUUCUCAUGGCUCCGCCUGGGGAAUGCGACCCUUGGUUCUUCUCGACCUGUUCUUGAGUGGCAAUCCUGAGCCAUUGGAUGACAUCCCUUCGCCCCGAUUGGCUUUCUUCAGGCAGGCACUAUUUCGAUUGCUAGCUGAUAGUGCAGACGCAAUAGGCUACCAAACUAUGGCGUUAAAACUUCUUGACCCAGUCCUCUCGGCCACGCAGAACGACUACGGAGACCAUUGGGAACGGAUUCUCGAGAUAUUGGUCACUCUUUGGAAAACGGGAAGUGAUUUAAAUGAAGACGUUCCUCUCCUGCAUGCUUCUCUCCGGCUCUAUGGGCGCCUGAGAACUCUGGCCAGUGCAGAGGAUGCAAAUGAAGAUCUUACGGACGCCUGGAAAGCAGCCAAAACGCCUCUUGAGGAAGGCUUGCUUCAUUGUCUCGAAAACUUCAAAGAUCUCAGCACGGAUAUGAAUCAACCACGAAGAAUUACGGCAGAGCUACUUCGACGGCAACUGUCGUAUGUUUCAAUCAAACCUUCGACGCAUUUGUAUGCCUUUCUCUCGUCAAUGGAUGAUGCGGUCAGAAACGCUGCUUAUGACCUCUUGCAUCGCUCCAUUCCCGCAGAACAAGAACAGAUGUCGCUAGAGCUUGCGCUUGGAGCAGGAACAGUACACCUCCCACCGGAACUCUUGUCGGUGCUCUCAGAAGCAGCAGGGACAACAACUGCAACAACUGGUCCGUUACAGAGGCAAAGUUAUUUGCUCUGCUGGCAUUUGAUUUUCGACCAUUUCAUCCUCGCAUCAUACAAGCUUCGCGAAUUAUAUGCGACCCAUAUCAAAGAGAAGGAGAUCCUUGCUGGACUUCUCGAUUUGAUUUGUGAAAUCUGUCGAAUGACCAGCAGUCGUCCACUAGAUGCAUCCAAAACUGACAUUCGGACAUUUGAACUCGGUUCCGGCGAAACGGAUGAGCAGGAAGAACAACGACUUAGCAUGCAUCUUUACUAUUGCUCUUUAUUGUACCUUCCAAGUCUCACAAGAGGUUGGUUCAUUGAACAGAAAAAUCGAGUGAAAUCACCCCUGGACAGUUGGACUCGAAAAUACUUCACCCCCACCUUGAUGUUGGCCGAGAUGGAUACAGUUACUGAAUGGGUGGCAAACCAGCCGCAAGAUGAGUCCGAUGCUCCGGUGAAUGUCAAAACAUCACUGAAUGGGUCCGAGACCGUGGCGUCCAUUGCCAUCGACCCAGAGUCACCACCCAUAUCCUUAGCAAUCUCCCUUCCCAGCAACUAUCCUCUCGAAUCGCCAACAGUCUCAUCGCGCACGCGGGUGGGAGUCUCGGAAAAGAAUUGGCAGUCAUGGCUCAGAACGUUUCAAAUCAUCAUCUUCAGUACGGGCAGUAUCAUUGAGGGCCUCGUUGCCUUUCGACGCAAUGUUCAAGGGGCCCUGAAAGGGCAAAGCGAGUGUGCGAUUUGCUACAGCAUCAUUGGCACCGACAUGCAAGCACCGAACAAAAGGUGCGGGACUUGCCGCAAUACUUUUCAUGGUGUAUGUCUCUUUCGUUGGUUCAAGAGCUCCAACAGCUCGAGCUGCCCGCUUUGUCGAAACAAUUUCAAUUACGCAUAG